CGGUUAUAUUAAUAUAUAUAAUUAUAUAUUAAUUUAAAGACACAAUAUAUGGUCGGCUGUUUAAUUUAAUCUUAGAAUCUAAAAUGUUGCGGAUAUAUUAGUAUGGAAAUUCAAUAGAAACACGCAUAAGGUAAACGAAACGAAAAUGAGUGCGGGGUCGAAAGUCAAAUGAAACUGAUUCACGUAAAGGAAGCCCCUUAUUUAACGCACCUAAAUCUCUAGAAGCGAAAGCAGCAGCUAACAAUGGAGCAACCUGCUCCAGUGAGCCAUCUAAAUUUAUUUAAGCUGCUACAACUUCCUUUUAAUUCAUAAAUCAAGAAAAGCAACUCGCCUUUCCCAACCUCAACUUCACUCUGCGAACGCUUGGUAUAGACACUUUGACCAAAGCAAGCCACACAGGAAGCAGGUAGCUUAGGACAAUGGCUAUCAAUACCUGCUUUAACUACAGUAAAUCAAGAUUGCACACGAGUUGAUUUUUACCUGCUGCGAAUGACAAGUUGAAGGCAUGAAUAUGAACAGAAACAUCAAUGCAUUGCCACACUCGUCAAUGCUGGGGAUGGUAAACGGUGAUAAUUCGAUUAAGUCGACGAUAGCUUCUAGCAGUAAAAGCAAUUCAAAUGAACAUAAAUCAACAGAAUUUAUGUUGAAGGAUUCAGUCAUGGAACUUACGUCAAAUGAAAAUCAUGAUUCCCAACUGUCGCUUGUGUCGCCUAAUACAUUGCCUCCCAACGCAGCUUCAAGGCCAAUCAUUGGCUCACUGGCAAGCGCACCAAAGAACUCAGGAUCAUCAAGGUCGCGCCUUAACUAUGGUUUCCAUCAAUCCAUGCCAUCUGUACAUGGUCGUUCGCAACAGAAUUUAGCCAUAUCCUCCGUUGAGCUAGCCGGAAACCAAACAACUAAUAGAUCUCCAAAACGAUUGCCGAAACAUCAAAGAAAUUUUAGCUUAGAUUCAAGAUCAAUGGGCAUAUUGCAGUCGCCAGCUUCUUCUACGGUGAGCAGCACACGUAUCAAUCACACACAACAUCAUCGCAAUCGCAGUCUCGACAGCUUCUUGCAACGCAUACCCGAGGUCGAGAGCUCAUCUCCCAAUGCCGAGAGUGAAACAGCAUUUAGUUCAGUUUCAACAAAAUUCAAUAGCAAAAUCUGCUCAAAAAUGGAAGCCACUGAUGCUAAUGAUGCAGCCGCAAUUGCCCCAUCCCCGCCAAAUGCAACUCAGGUGAUUGGAGGAGUUGGCACUGCCCGGAUAGAGAUAGAUUCGACCUCAUCUGCAGUCUCAGUACAUUCACAGAGAGCCACGGAAAUUCUAGAGGAUUCCUGCGCAGCUCAAUCGAAAAACUCAAUAGCAGGGCCACAGGACACGAUCUAUGGCAACAACAAAAAGCGUGAGGAUCUGACGAGUCUUGGAUCGGAUGAUUCUGGUAUUUUAUGUGGCUCAGAGUCGGACCAACUAUCGCUAAAUCGCAUAGGCCACUCUCAUGAGUCACUCGAUCUGGGCGCCAUGGAUGUCAAUGUGAAUGCCGAUGCCGGAGAAGAACAAACAACAACGACCAUCGAUGCUGAUUAUAAGGGAAUAGAUUCAAAUCUUUGCUUCUUGUCCUCUCCAAAAACUGACGAAUACGAUUGCCGGACACUGCGACCCACGCGUAAGCCGAAGCAGGAUUCACAGCCGAUCAAAUCAGAUGAUCGAACGCGCUAUCGUGUAAUGAACAUGUCUCAGGCUGCCAUAAACUUGGAGCUUGGCUCAGCACCCAAUGAAAUAGAGCCGGUUCUUGACACGAACGAUGAGGAUGACAUGCCCCCGUUGCCCACAUCAGAGACUCUGUCCAACAAUACACCACCAGAUAUAACGUCAUCAAAGGCGGUUGCAGCAAACACGCCUUCCGAGAACACCAAAAACGAUCAAGUGUUGUUUAAGAGUUUUUUCGGUGCCACUAAGAAUGCAAUUUUUCGCACGGCCCAAAGCAUCAUUGACAACCACGAAAAGAAGCAUGCAAUCAAGCAGAAAACGAACGAGCCAUUGGAAUUGCCCUCACCUACGAUCAACACGUCAUCAAAUAGUGGAGUUCAAAUGUCGCCGGAUCUGGUCAAGUCGCCCACAGAAGCCUCCAAAAGAAAAGAGUUUUUUAGCUUAAGAAGCUCGAGUUCAAGCAAAAAAGCAGCUUCAGCCGCUGUAAACACUGCCCCAAUCGUAAGCGCAACAGAGAUUGCCAAAACUGUGAUCAUAAAGGUUACUUCAUCCACGGAUGGACAGAGCAAGAAACCUGCGCUUACAGACGCUGAACUAGAAGCAGAGACUAGUGAGAGGCUGCCGACGAGCACCUCUAACAGCUCGCUGCAACAAGUGAAGAUUCCAGUGCCUGGUGUAGUGAAAUAUAUUCAAGAGCAUCCAUCCGUCACUGAUGCACCGCAGCAAAGUUACGAACGAGGUCCCAGCGGCCUGUUGCGGUUUUUUGAAUCGCCCGUUUUCAAUAUUCACUUCGCUGUGCACUAUUUGUUCUACUCAAAGGAGCCAGGUGUUUUGAGCUUCAUUGGCAACAAGAUCUUUAGCUUCUCUGACCAGGAGGUGGAUCUUUAUAUACCGCAGCUGAUCGUAAUGUAUAUUGAAAUGGAUGAACUGGCUGAAGUGCUUGAUCCCUAUCUGACCAUUCGAUGCCGCAAGUCUGUUGACUUCUUGCUCAAGUGCCUGUGGCUUCUGGAGGCAUACAAUCAUCAGGUGGAUUUGCUGGGCAGCUGCAGUAAAGGUCGCAAAUCCAAGUUGUCGCUCAUGAAGGAAAUAUUCUCCAAGAAGGAAAGCAAGCCGCAGAUGAAAUCGAAUCAAAAUCCAGCUGUUGCUCUGGUCAAGAAAACACACUAUCGCUCCCAGUCAGAUGCCACAGUGCUCUUGGCCGAUUCCAGCAGUCCUCAUGCGUUCAGCAUGGCGCAUCGGGUAUCCACAGCGCCCGCUAAGCUAUGCUUGGGCGAUCUGAGCUCGGGUCGUGCCUUCGACAAUGGCUGCACGUGCUUUCAAACUGUGCGUGGUCAAGUUAAUGGCUUGCUGGGCCAUCGCACCUUUUGCAAUUGCGGCGCACCAAAGACCUCGCCGCAAAAGGAGUUUAUGAAGGCGCUGAUAAAUGCGGGCAAGAACUUAACGUCCUUGGCCUCUAAGGCAGAGAAAACAUCGGCGCUGCGUAUGUUUCUCAAUUUGAUUAACAAGAAUUUGCCAGCUCGUGUCUGGCUGCCGCUCUACUCGGAUAUUCCGCAUCACGUGGUGCGCAUUACAGAGGAAAAGACUGCUGUAUUAAAUUCAAAGGAUAAGACUCCGUACAUCAUAUACGUAGAGGUGGUUGAAGUCGCCGACAUUUACACCUCGCCGCUCAUUCCAAAGAUGAUGCCGUCGCUGCGACACACCAAGAGUGAGGAGCACUUGGAAGGAGCUUGUCUAAACACCCAACACAACUGCAGCCGCACCUUUAACAGUAGCGAUAAUCAUCAAGGAUCGAGUUGUCGACGCAAAAAGGGCACCGAGUCCACGUCUUCACACACAGACAGCGGCUGUGGUGAGCCGGCCGCACACAGUUGUUGCUGUAGCGGUAACCAAAGCAAUCAGCUGUCGCUGGGCGGACUGCAGCUGAAUGCAGAUGAUGCCUGGUCGCAGGAAGAUGAUGACAUCACGGCGCAGUACUUGAACAUGCGCAAAAUCAGCGAACGGGACUCCAUUUCGCAGAUGUCAUUAGAUUCGUGCGAUUCCAGAGACCAAGGUCCGCCAGUUGUCUUUAACAUUGGCGACGUCCGCACUCGACACUGUAACAAUUUGAGUUGUGAGAACACAAAGCCUUUUAGCAAUGAUCCCGAAGAUCCAUCGGCGGCAGCUCUGAAGGAGCCCUGGCACGAGAAGGAGAAGCUCAUACGCGAGUCAUCGCCCUACGGUCAUUUAUCAAAUUGGCGUCUUCUGUCCGCCAUCGUCAAGUGUGGCGAUGACUUGCGCCAGGAACUGAUGGCCACUCAGCUCUUACAGAUGUUCAAAAUUAUUUGGCUGGAGGAAAAUGUGGAUCUAUGGGUGCGACCAUAUAAAAUUAUAUGCCUCUCGAAUGACAGUGGUUUGAUUGAGCCCAUUUUGAACACGGUUUCACUGCAUCAAAUCAAAAAGAACUCCAACAAAUCACUGCGGGAUUAUUUUAUUGGCGAAUAUGGGCCAGCAACUGGCGAAAGUUUUUUUCAGGCCCAAAAGAAUUUUGUUCAAAGCUGUGCGGCGUAUUGUCUGAUAUCUUACCUGCUGCAGGUUAAGGACAGACAUAAUGGUAAUAUACUCUUACAUUCUGACGGUCACAUAAUACACAUAGACUUCGGUUUUAUUCUAAGCAUAUCACCCAAAAACUUGGGUUUCGAGCAAUCCCCUUUUAAGCUCACGCAUGAAUUUGUAGAUGUCAUGGGCGGCACAGGCUCCGAGCAUUGGCAUGAGUUCAAUCGCUUGCUGCUCGUCGGCAUGAUGUCAGUGCGCAAGCACAUGGAUCGCAUUAUAAACUUGGUGGAAAUCAUGCGAAGCAAUGCGCAUUUGCCAUGCUUUAAGAAUGGCUGCUCCGGUACAGUGCAGAAUCUCCGAAAACGCUUUCAUAUGAAUUUAACUGAACAGGAAAUGGAACGCAAGGUUGAACAGCUCGUGCAGGACUCACUGAAAAGUCUGUCAACGAAACUGUAUGAUGGAUAUCAGUACUAUACAAAUGGCAUAUUGUGAGAAUAAGUUCUGUAACAAAAUCGAUAGGAUUGAUAGGGAAAAUGCCAAUAUGAUACACCAAACCUAUGGACUGUUAAAACCAAUAUUUUAAUUUUAUAUGUACACAAUUUAAUGCAUA